ACGACUGGUCACGCAAAUCGCCAAACAGGGGAGCGCAUCAAACCAGCUCUUAAUCAAAUUGUACCUGUACAAUGUGCCGAGGAUAAACAUCGAUGUGUAUUACGACAUCGUUUCUGCGCUGAAACGGGAUGGGCCGCGGGAGCCGCGUGGGUCGCGGGGGCCGCCCAAUCAGGAGGAGACUCGAAUUUUGAACGUGCCCCAUUUCGAUGAUGCAAACCUGAUUUUGUACAAAUAUUUUCAAUACGUAAACUCAGGAUGUGAUAAAAAAAAGUUACUAAAAUUAAUGCUCCUUCUGUACAACAAAAAGUUGCGCGAAUACAACGAUAAGAAAAUUUAUUUUUACAACUCGUGUGUGUAUGUGCAGAAUUUUGUCUUCGAACAUUUUUUUUAUUAUCAUUCCAAUUUUUCCUACUUGAGGAGAGGAGGAGAUGGAAGGAGCGUCCAUAGCAAGUACACUCUGCACACAGAUUUUUUCCUAUACGCGUUGGAUUUUUAUUUGUUUCAUUUAUCAAAAAAUUGCAAACUUCUGAGCAUUGAACAAUUGAAUGUUCUUUCAAAUAUUUACGCAAAUGUGAGUAUCUCUCCUGAUGGCCACUCGGGGGAAGGGACCCCCCAGAUGGGAGGUGAAUGUAUACAGAGGGAAACCCGUACAAAGGAGGCCUCGUCCGAAGUGGUGAACAUAGUUGAAACGAAGACAAACAACAAAAUAUGCCUGCUGUUUAUUCACAUAUCGAGGGGUAUCCUCGCCCAAACGCAGUCCUACAUGGUGAGAAAACACACCGCUUCGCGAGAAGAGGUCACCACUCCCAUGAAACUAAUACAUACGAAUGUCAACACGUGUAAGACAAUUAUAAAUCGCCUCUUAAACAAAAGCGCAUCAGAACAACAUCGAGAAUAUGUCAUUUUAAAAAAAAAGUAUCAAAAAAAACUGCUAAAUGUGAACACUUUAAAAAAUUACCUGAACGGCGUUAAACACCUGAAUAUUAUUAACAUAAAAAAAUAUGUGUACAUGAUCCUUUAUCUUUAUUUUAAUUCAUUCGUAUUUAACAAAUCGGUUUAUUUUACCUCUCUCAUUUUUUACAUUUUACAAAAAUAUAAUUUACAACACACGUACCUAUUUAACAUACUCUUUAUCAAGUUUAACUUAUUUUUUUUGAAUUACAAAACGUUGAAUGAGUACAACAAAGGGGUGUUACUUGAUGGACUUGGGAGAUAUAUCGAUUCUCUUUUGACAUUUCGAAUUAAGCAAGGUGGUCAUGGGAAACUCAAAGCAACACAGACAGAUAUAAGAAGUCCCCCAGGGGAAAAACACCCCGACGAACUUUUUUCACAACUUUAUCACAACGAAUUUGUAGAAAAUGCACACAUUUGUAGAGAACUCCACGAGGAGGAGUAUAAAUGCAGAAGAAAUUACCCAAAACAUUUUACAUACUUUGAAAAUGCCCUCCUCAAUUUGUUUAAAUAUUUAUAUCACAAUGUCACAUUGGUGGAUGGAAGAAAAAUGGCUGGAGGGAUAAACUUCGAGGAGGAAGAAAAUGUUACACGUGUGUGCAAAAUUUUUGUGGAAAAAAAAUAUAACAAAUUUUGCCUGACUUGGUCAGAACAUUUUUUGUCAAAUGUUGUGCUGCUAUCCAAUUAUGUGCAGAACUGCCUCCCCGUUCUUUUUUCCUUCAUGCAAAGGAUUGUCUCGGUUGGGGUGAAACACACCAGACAGGGGGGGACGAAGCGGGGAGGGAUUAUCACUUUACAUAGGAGAAACGUACUCAUUCCGUGUGACGAACGGGGGAGAACCACCCCAGCACAUUGUGCACAGUGUUUACGGUAUGCGCUGUGUGCACCCCUUCGUAAGGUAACUCCCCAUGUGCAAAAAAAAGGAGCAUUAAACCCAUUUUCGUCCCUUUUGACGCACAUAUACCGCACAUUUAAACAGGUAGUGGUUAACUGCUGCCCAAAUGAUGAGGAGAAAAUUACGAGCAAACCACCCAAAUGGGAAGCAGAAUCGAUUAUGUUUAGGAACAUAAAAAAAAAUAGCAAUAACAAAAUGAGAACGAGUCUCACACACUACUACGUUAGCAGCAGUUUUAAAAAAAUCAGUGACGCCAACUUGGUUAAUGAGAAAAAUAUUUUGACCUUCUACUGCGACAUAUAUUUUAAUAACAACAUUGUCGAGGUUGACGGGCCUAAGCAUUUUCUCAUUUACUACAACUUUGAGAAAAACGCUGACCAGGGUAGGCAGGACAGCCACGAUAACCAUGACGGUCAGUUUGGCCAGCGUAGGCAGGACAGCCAGGACGGCCACGAUAGCCAUGACGGCCAGUUUGUCUCAAAGUGUUACCCCCCCUUCAUCGCCAAGCAUAGGGACAUUUUCGACUUCAAUUUUGUGUUUCCUUUUUUUUUCAACAACGCAAACGUGAUGCACUUGAAGGAUCGUCAAAGUGGCCACUUCUACUUUUAUAAUGACAAGAGCUUGAAGAAAAACUUUUUUUUGUACAUCAACGGUUAUUUUGUGAAGCACAUAAACUGCUACGAUCGGGACAUAACGAGCUUCAAAUAUCUGCACGACGUGUUGUUCAGGCGAAGGAGCGACUUCCACGUCGCGUGGGGUGGAGUGUAUCAGUA